CUUACAAGGCAGCACCAUAUUCAAGUGCCCUCAUUCCUCCUCGGCCACCUGAGACUCAGGCUGACACAGAGAAAACAGAACGAGCCACUUCCUGAAGGCAGAGAUGGGAGAGGUGGCUGUGAUCACUGGGUCUUGGCUCUCCACCCCAAAAGGUCUGUCCUGCUGCCAGCAACUGCACAUUGCUUGCUGUUCCUUGGCUUGUGUGAACACUCGGUAAGCUCCACCCUCAGAGCAAGCCUGAAUUGCUGAGGAUUUCCUGGAAAUAAAGCAAAAGCUAAAAGCUGAAUACGGAUACUGUUCAAGAUGUGUUAGGAACUGGCUUGUUAGUUGAAUCUGGUUUUUGGAUGGAGAAGAUCAGGUUUGAGACCAUCUAAGGAACCUGAAGGUUCUCAAGUUCGUGGGACCUGAUGAGAUGCAUCCGCAGGUCUUGAGGGAGCUGGUGGCUGAAGUUGCCAAGCCACUAGCCAUCAUAUUCAAAAAACCGUGGCAGUCUAGUGAAGUUCCCACUGACUGGAAAAGGGGAAACAUAACUUAAAAAGGAAAAAAGGAAGACAUGGGGAACUACAGGCCAAUCUCACCUCAGUACCCAACAAGAUCAUGGGGCAGAUCCUCCUGGAAACUAUGCUAAGGCACCUGGACAAUGAGGUGAUCAGUGAGAGCCAACAUGGGCAAAUUGUGCCUAACAAAUUUGGUGGCCACCUACAAUGGCAUCACAGCACUGGUGGAUUAGGGAAGAGCAACUGAUGUCAUCUACCUGGACUUGUGCAAAGCAUUUGACACUGUCCUGCACAAAGACAUCUGUCUCUAAAUUGGAGACAUGGAUUUCACAGAUGGACCACCCAGUGGAUAAGGAAUUGGCUGGAUGGCCACACUUGAAGACUUGCAGUCAAUGGCUUGAUGUCCAAGUGGCAACCAGUGACAUUUCUCAGGUGCUGGUAUUGGUACCGGUGCCGUUUAACAUCUUUAUCAGUGAUAGAGGGAUUGAGUGCACCCAAGUUUGCCAACAAGACCAAGCCGUGUGGUGUGGUUGACAGGCUGGAGGGAAGGCAUGCCAUCCAGAGGGACCCGGACAGCCUUGAGAGGUGGGCCCAUGUGAACCUUAAGAAGUUCAAAAAGGCCAAGUGCGAGAUCCUGCAUGUGGGUUAGGGCAAUCCCUAGCACAAACACAGGCUGGGCAGAGGCUGGGGGUGUUGGUGGAUGAGAAGCUCAGCAUGAGCCAGCAAUGUGUGCUUGCAGCCCAGAAAGCCAACCGCAUCCUGGGCUGCAUCAAAAGAAAUGUGGUGAGCAGGCUGAGGGAGGUGCCCUUCUACUCCGCUCUUGUGACACGCCAUAGAGUUAUCCAUAAAUAGUUUAUUAGAGUUGGUAUCCUAUAGACCCUAGUAGUGUUAGUAAAAAACUAUUUUAAGAAAAAAUCUUUCCCAGUUGUCUUGCUCUCUUUGCACAGCACGACCCCAGGGUGACUUCCUAUUUCAGCACCCACAGAACAAGGAGAAGCAACUGAUCUGCCACCAGUGGAGUCAUUUCUGAGAAGAGCCCAGCCUGGUUUGUUAGCACUAGAGAGCACAAGCGUGUGAUGCUCUGCUGGCUGAGAGGCAAGGAUCACCUCCACCAGGCUCCGGAGCCAUCCAUCUCCGCUAGCUGAGAGACGGGGAUCAUCUCCACCAGGCUCCAGAGCCAUCCAUCCCUGCAAGGAGGAGUCAGGCAAAGGUGCUCACUGACCCGCGUGGGAGCUGCUGCUUCUCCAAUGCUCUAGUGAGAAGUGAGAAGGCAGGAACCACCCUGUUCCCAGGAGAGAAGAGAAACUGCAAGUCUCUGCUGAGCAGUUUCCCUUCCUUCUUUCUGCUCUUCAGAAAAAGCUGCUGUCCUGCUCUGGCCCUGUAUUGCAAUGCUACUAGAAAAAGUGGAGCACUGGAAGAAUGCUCCUCCUUUUCCCCAAGGCUUUUAUCUGUCUCUUGGGCUAUCUUCUCCUCUGCUUGGCAGAGGCUUCUUCCUAACAGUUUUCUAACAGUCAGCAUCCAGCAACAAGCCAACACAGACUGUAAGGACAUUUCUGCAGGUGUCAGAGGUGCCCAGCUGGAAAGCUUCCCAAAUAGGGCACUGGGAUGCUCAACGCUGCAGCCAUCCCUGCUGCUCCCUGCAGACCCACUCCUGGAUGCAACCGGACACAGAAUGGUCCUCUCACUGCCCACAGCUGUUCCACACAGCUUUAUUGACCUCUGGGCUCUGGAGUCCCACCGCCGCUGGCUCUGGGAGUCAAAAGCAGCAAGUGCUCUUCAGCAAUGUCUCCUCAGGCUCAUCCCUUCUGACAGGGCACCACUGCAGCGCUGUGAUGUCCCCACUAAGCAGCACAGGCAUCCCAAUGACUUGUCAGAAUGUCCCACUGGUAUCUACAGCUGGCCCCAGCUGGCCUUUGCUUGCUGACUGGCAGGACAAGGCCUGGCUGUCCAGGGUGAUGGCCAGCGAGGAAAGCUUUGGUCUAGCUGUUUCCAAGGAGAAGGCGGGUGAAGCCAAUGAGCUCUCAGCCCUCUACUUUUCACAAAAGCUGUGGAAACUGGUGGAAAGCGACCAGUUUCAGUCGAUUCGGUGGAGUCUGAGUGGAAAAUGCGUGGCCAUCAAUGAAGAGCUCUUCAAAGAGGAGGUGCUGGGCAGGGCAGGACCUCUGCAGGUUUUUGCCUUGAACAGCAUGAAGAGUUUCCUCCGGCAGAUGAACCUCUAUGGAUUCACCAAACUGAAGAGCGAUGUCCCAAGAUCUGCCUCCCUGCCCGAGUUUCUGAGAGAAGAACCAGCUGACAGCCAGAUCCUCUACUACUACAACCCCAGCUUCAACAGAGACCAUCCCCACCUGCUGGAGAGCUGCAAGAGGAGGGUUGGUGUCAAGUGGAGAGCCUCGGAUGCCCCAGCAGUGGAUGAAAGCCACCCCUCCAUGAGCCCAGGGGGUCAGCCUGCAGGGGACACACCAGCUCCCACCAAGCAAUGGGCACCUCCCAGCCUCACCAGUGUCCCUCCACCUCCACCAGCAGCUGCUCCCACCCUUCCCCAGCCGGCCGGAGCAGCAGGCAGCCAGAGGCUCAUCCCUCUGACCCUCUUCUUCCUCCCACCACCCAGCAGCCAAGCCCCAGAGGGUCUCCAGCCCCAUGCUCAGGCUCCUCUGUGCUUCCCAGUGCCCGUGCUGGCAGCAGCCUCAGCUCUGCUGGGGCCAAGACCACCCCACUGCCCCACCUGCACCCCCAACCCUGCAGAUGGACAUGGCACAUCCUAGAGAGCACAGAGUCAGCAGAAAGUCAACAGUGUCUAACUAACAGCGUUAACAGCUAGAGCUUAAUAGCCUUGGUUUUAGGCUUCUUUAGCUUUAAGAGGGAUGAUCCACAGCUGCUGGAAAGGUGCAAGCCAAAAGUGGGAUGCAAAACAGGAGCUGCAGCUGCCUGGAUGUGGAGAUG